AUGAAGCUCCUCGGCAAUAUUCCUGGGGUUCUCUGCACGCUGUUGGCACUAGCCCCAGUGGGAUUCUCGCUUCCUAGGGCUAAAGUGCUCGAUGUCACUGCAGAGGACUUUAUGCGGAUGAAACAGAUCAAAGUGAGAGCUGAUGGUACCUCUGUCAACAAUACGGGGAUUGGGACUGAACACAGUAUCUGUGGUCCAUGCUCGUCAAAUAUCGGUUAUUCCCUAGUGGGAGAUGGAGACCCACACCAGAACUUCGUUAUUACCCAGAAGGGUAAUUCAGUUAUAGCGUGUGAUACCUCGGGAUCGUCUACCAGUACUGGCUUCUCCAACACUCUUGGUUGGAGCUUUUCCCUAGGCGCCAACACACAGUUCGACUCUCUUGGGUUCAGUGUCUCAGAGUCUGAGACCUACUCGACGUCAAACUCGUUCAACUGUAAUGGCGUUGCUGACGAGGGAGGAGAGAUUUGUGUUCUCUUCUACCAGGCUGUCACAGCGUUUACUGUGUCUGUGGAGAGAGUUCAGCAAUGCGGCUGUGAGGUUGCGCCUCCCACAGAAGACCUAGGGCAGGCCAUUAUCUAUGCGCCCAAUGCAAACCAAGUUGGCAGUGUUAUUGGAAGAGGCAUCAAUGUGCCUGCACAUGGUGUUGAGCAGUGUUUCGGUAACAGUGACAGAACCAUUCUUUACUACUGUGGCCCUCCGGGAGGCCCUGAAUGGUGGACUGGUAGGGGUGAUGGUCCAUGGAUUGAUGACUACGUGAACCAGCGGGUGCCUACCGACUGUCCCAUCCCUAUCGAAGCCAACCUUUACCUGGACUGA